CUUGCCCUGAAAACCGAUACGGGAAGGACUGCACCCUGUUCUGUGCAUGUGGUAAAGGUCAGUGUGACCCACGGACUGGCAAGUGUACCUGUCCUCCCGGCCAAAUGGGACCCAGCUGUCAGCAAGUGUGUCCCCAGGGACAAUAUGGCCCCAACUGCCACCUGACGUGUACCUGUCAGAACGGUGGUAUCUGUGACCACGUGGAUGGCAACUGCACUUGUGGGCUCGGCUGGACAGGAAGAUCGUGUGAGAAGGAUAAGAGAUAUCGCUAUAGUUACGGACUUAAAUGUUCAGGAAACCAUGAGUUUACCGCAGAAUGUCUCCCGGGGAAGUACGGGUCUGACUGCGGCUUGGACUGCUCGUGCCAGCACAAUGGCACCUGCGACAGAUUCACGGGCUGCUGCCGAUGCCCCGAGGGCUACUACGGCCGCUCCUGCGAGCACAGGUGCCCCCUUGGAUUUUAUGGGCUAAGCUGUCUUCAUGCAUGUGCCUGUAAAAACGGAGGGAGCUGCGAUGCAGUGACGGGGCAGUGCAUUUGUCCUUUGGGUUAUCAAGGUGUCCACUGUGAAAAAGGCUGCGACCAGGGCUGGUUUGGAGAGAGGUGCAAGCGUCGGUGCGACUGCGGAGAUGCUCCUUGUGAUCCAGAGACUGGGAAGUGCCUUUGCCCACCUGGGAAGACUGGAGACAAAUGUGACAUUGAAUGCAGGUCGGACCAAUAUGGCCCUGACUGCUCCCUGCGAUGCCAGUGUGCCAGCAAAUCCCAGUGCAAUCCGUACAACGGGAACUGCGUAUGCCAAGCCCCGUGGAUGGGGCCAACCUGCAAAGAAGGUGGCCCUCCAAAGCUUCCUUUUUAUGAAGAGCAAACUCAAGAAAGAGGGAAUAUUUUUCCACGAGCUCUACAACAGUAACAUUUGGACUAAUAAAUGAACUGUUUUAUAUGCACAGACGGUAUUUGAAUUUGGAUAUGAAAACAGCUAUUCAAUUCAGCUUGAAUUGUACUGAAGUAUUCACACUUCUUAUGGAAGACUACAGAGGCCAUUUAGUAGCUGGAUCCUUUUAAAAAGUUGAAUCUGUUUCAUGUAUUUAUUCCUAGCCUCUUACCCCUCCAUUAAUCUGCUCUGGACAUUCUUUCUGUUGUAUAAUAUAAUUAAUUGUUUGAAAGCCUGGACAUGU